GCCGCCGGCGGGGAUGCUCGUGUGGCCGCGCCGGAGGAUUUUGUCACCUGUGGCCCUGCCCCCGCCGCCCUGCGGGCGCCUCCCCGAGCCAAGGACACACCUGGGCGCCGCGCACCCGCCUCCCGCCCCCGCCGCCGGCCGCCUCUUCCCCCGCCCGAGCGCCGGGCGAGUGUCGGCGGAGCCGCGGGGCUGCAGGCGGGGCUGAGCGCUCGCUGGGCGGACGAGCGGCCCCGCAGGCUCCGAGCAGCCACCAGCCGAGGGAGGAGGAGGUGGUGGUGGAGGAGGAGGAGGAGAGGGCGAGCGGGGGAGCGGCGGGGGCAUGUGGAUGUUGGCCGUCGCCUUGCUCCACAGCAUCUCGCAUGUUUUCAGUGAAGAGCUACACGCCAGUCUAUACUUUGUCAAUGCAUCUCUGCAAGAGGUAGUGUUUGCCAGCACCACAGGGACACUGGUCCCCUGUCCAGCUGCAGGGAUCCCCCCUGUGACGCUCAGAUGGUACCUAGCGACGGGCGAGGAGAUCUACGAUGUCCCAGGGAUCCGCCACGUCCACCCCAAUGGCACUCUCCAAAUUUUCCCCUUCCCUCCUUCAAGCUUUAAUAACUUAAUCCAUGAUAACACUUACUAUUGCACAGCUGAAAAUCCUUCAGGGAAAAUCAGGAGUCAGGAUGUUCACAUUAAGGCUGUUUUACGGGAACCCUAUACAGUCCGUGUGGAGGACCAGAAAGCCAUGAGAGGCAAUGUAGCAGUGUUCAAGUGCAUUAUCCCCUCCUCUGUGGAGGCAUACAUCACUGUUGUCUCAUGGGAGAAAGACACAGUCUCGCUUGUCUCAG